UUACUUCAAUUAUUUAUCCAGCGAUAAACAUGCUUUUGACACCGGAAAUAGACGACAUUAGGACAAUUACAGAUCAAUAUUCCAUUACUGAAAAUAAAAGCAUUCCAGAUAGAGAUUAUGUAAUAUAAAUUGAGUAAGAAUCGUCUCUACGAGGAAUAAACUCAGUUUCUAUGGGUUUUUAACAAUGAGAGAACAUAUAUUUGGCGCGGAGAGUAUCUCUAAUAAUAAAAGCGUAUCAAAUGCGAUUUUUAAUUGGGGAAAUCCUGCUGAUAGAUUAUCUAAUCAAAGCGUCCAUUUAAUAGAUUUGAUUGAACAGAAACUUAAAAACAAUGAGAAAUUUUACAGCUUUGAGCUAUUUCCCGUGAAAGACGCCGAAAAGUACCAAAGGUUUUUUUCUGAGACGAAUAAAUAUUCGCCUCUAUUUCACGCGAUCACUUGGCACUGUGGUAAAAAUGUUAACAACCUAGAUCUGGAAAAUAUUUUGCCUUUGAGAAUUGCUGAGCAAUUUCCAUGUAAUACUUUAUUGCAUUUGGCAGCGAAAGGCUUGAAAUCGAAAAACAUUGAGAGAAUUCUCAAUCGUGCACUUGAGUCUGGAAUAAAAAAUAUUUUUGCAUUACAAGGUGAUUCCUCCUUGGAAAUUGGCGAAACUAGUGAUUUCGUUUACGCAGUCGAUUUAGUUGCAUUUAUAAGGAAACAAUUUGGUUCAAAAUUCUGCAUUUGCGUGGCCGGAUAUCCGGAAACGCAUUCAAAAUCACCCUCGAAAGAAUUGGAUCUGUUUUACCUAAAAGAAAAAGUAGAUGCAGGCGCGAACUUUAUAAUAUCUCAGAUAUUUUUCGAGGCUCGGAAUUUUAUUGAAUUCGUGAAGGAUUGUCGAAAAAUAAAUAUUAGAAUUCCGAUAAUCCCAGGAAUUUUUCCAAUCACUGAUUACAAAUCUUUGUUAAGGAUGUCGAAUAUUUGUAAUGUUCAGAUUCCAAAGUUUUUAUUCGAAGCUUUGGAACCAAUUAAAGAUAAUAACGAAGCUGUGCGUAAAUUUGGAACUGAAUUAACCUUGCGAAUUAUUAAGGAAAUUUUCGAAAGUGGAACUGCAAAUGGAUUUCAUUUAUUCACAUUAAAUAGGUAUUCUGUAUUAUCCGAUGUAUGUGGUCAUCCAGUUUUGAAUUAGUUGUUAAUUUGUAACGUAUUAAAUAUGAAUCUUCCAUAAAAUAAUGGUUAAAACCUCGGAUUUUACCAAAAUUUUAGUUUUGU